GUUCGAAGGAAGCAUGCUGGGGGUUGUGAGCGCUUCUUCCUUUGCAGCAGCAGUGAGGGCGGGAAUCGAGAGAAGUUUGGGCACCCACCGAUCCAAACCGCAUCUCUCACGUUUAAACUGCAAAUGUGACAAUCCCCUUGUACGGACCGAGUAGUGGACUUGCGUGGUCCGUCAUGUCUCGCGGGCGGGACCGAGUGGUGGCGUUGGCGGACAUGGACUGUUUUUACAUACAGGUGGAGCAGCGCUUUGAUCCUAGUCUGCGCGGCAAGCCGUGCGCCGUGGUGCAGUACAAGACGUGGAAAGGCGGCGGAAUAAUUGCUGUGAGCUAUGAAGCUCGUGCUUUUGGAGUUACCAGGAACAUGUGGGCUUCUGAUGCUAAGAAGCUGUGCCCAGACCUUCUGUUAGCUCGAGUGCCAGAGGCUCACGGCAAAGCGGAUCUCACUAAGUACCGAGAAGCAAGUGCUGAGGUGAUGGAAGUGAUGUCCCGCUUUGCAGUGAUCGAGCGUGCCAGCAUUGAUGAGGCUUACAUGGACUUAACUAAGGCUGUGCAGGAAAGGCUUCAGAAAAUGAAAGGACAACCAAUAGCAGCAGAACAGUUGGCAACUACCUAUAUCCAGGGACUGCCAGAGACCUCUGUGGCGGAAGAGCAUACAGAGAACAAUGAAGAACUACGGCAACGUGGGUUGUGCCAGUGGCUCGAGUUGUUGCCUGUUGGAGAUCCUAGCAGUCCUGAGCUGCAGCUAACUUUGGGAGCAAUAAUUAUGGAAGAAAUGAGGGCAGCUGUGGAAUCUGCCACUGGAUUUAGGUGUUCAGUUGGAAUUUCUCACAACAAGGUAUUAGCAAAACUGGCCUGUGGCCUCAACAAGCCCAAUCGGCAGACUCUGGUAUCUCAAGAUUCUGUCCCUAAACUGUUUAGCAAGAUGCCAGUCAGCAACAUCCGCAGUCUUGGAGGGAAGCUAGGUGCUUCCAUCACUGAACUCCUAGGAGUGGAGUACAUCGGACAGUUGGUUGAGUUCAGUAAAUCAAAGCUUCAGAUGCACUUCGGAGAUAAGACUGGCUCCUGGUUAUAUGACCUAUGUAGAGGGAUUGAGCAUGAACCUGUAAAACCUAGAGAAUUGCCAAAAUCCAUUGGCUGUAGUAAGAACUUUCGUGGAAAAACAGCUUUGAUUACUCAGAGACAGGUGCAACAUUGGCUUCUGCAGCUGGCCUUGGAGCUGGAAGAGAGGCUUAAGAAGGACCAAGACCAAAACAAUCGAGUAGCUAAACUGCUGACUACUGGCAUCCGCCUGCAGGGUGGUAAAUAUGCUAGUGGUCUAUCCCGCUGCUGUGCCCUGUCCCAUUAUGAUUCUCAGAAAAUCAGCAGAGAUGCGUUCGCUGUCAUCCAGAAUUACAAUACAGCUGGAGGCCAGCAGACUGCAUGGUCUCCUCCAAUCACGCUUCUCCAACUUUCUGCAAGCAAGUUUUCAGAGGUUGCCACGCUAUCCUCUGCUGACAUUACUACUUUCCUGAGUACAGACAGCAAGUAUACCCAGCCCAAUAGUAUCUGUACAACUAGCCCAAAGGCCAAGUCUCUUAGAAGCCCCCUAAAGGAGACCAGCAAGAAGGCUGGGAAUACGAUUCAGAUGCUGUUCCAGAGGGCAGAAGAAAAGAAACAAGCUCAAACUACAACUGUGUCCUGUUCUUCUGGGGUUACUGAAGCAAAUGCAAUACCAUCAGUAGCAUCCAUUUCAUGGCCUGAAGAAUUAAUUCCCGUUAACCGGCAGAUUGCAAAUGAUCUUCUGGAACAAAGCAUCCCCAGGAGGAACUCUGACUUCCAGUGCCAGCCCUGUGUAGAACAGUCUUUGUGCAGCUCUGAUGCAGGACCAGCAGAGGCCACUGUGCUUAGUGAAGUUAACACUGCACUUGUACAAACAGGGGUGCUCAAGGCCUCUUCAGAGCAACCUGAUCUGGGGAAAGAAAAGAGUGUGCCACUUGCGGUUGGAUUUUUCCAAGAGAAAACUGUUUCUGGGGACCAAAUCAAGUGUGAAAAGUGUAAACAAGAGGUGUUGGUGUGGGAUUAUCCAGAGCAUUUAGACUAUCACUUUGCUGUGGAACUGCAGGACAUGCUCUUGGAACCCAGCCCUGUCAGGUUAACAGGGGCUGUUAGCAGCUCUCCAGUUAAGGGCAAGAGUAAACCAAGGACACCCACAGCCUCCAGUGCCAAACGGGCAAGGAAAGACAUAGCUGGGACUUUGUUUUCGUUUUUCAAGCGUCUUCCUUCUUAGACUGACAUUUACCUGGACAGCUGAAGCCUUAUCUCAGAGAAAGAAGGUGAACCUUUGAAUUCUGUGUCCCAUCUUUUAAAAAUAUGACUAAUAAAUUAUUCCCAGCUGGUGUUCUUUAGAGCGUCAGGAACUGCAAAAGAUAGUUACCUUAACUGUACCUUUUGCCUGUCUCACGAUUAAACUUUAUGAUGAAAUACAAUAAACACUGUUUUUAAAUUUGCUAUGGUCUGCUGAUGCUCUUGAGAUCAGCUGGAUCUGUGUGGCCAGCUACAUAAUUGAAGAAAACAAGAAGUGUUGGUCACUCCCAUUUUGACUUCUGCAAGAAUACAGAUUCUCUGAUAAAGUAUGUGUUGCAUUAGCCUUGUGUUGGCAACAGAUUUUACAGGGUAUUUGCCAUUGCCUGCCUCUCCAUAGUGACACUGGACUUCCUUGGUGGUUUCCCAUCCAAAUACUAACCAGGCCUGAUGCUGCUUAGCUUCUGAGAUCUGACAAAAUCAGGCUAGCUUGGGCCAUCCAAGUCAGGACAGAGGCACUUUACAUCCCCUAAUGUUGUUAUUCUCCAAGCAUCUGUUGAUGAGCUGUAAUUCACAGAAGUCUAUGUGGGAAUAAAUGUUCUGUCUUUAAUGAGCCA